AUGGGGCGCGGGGCUCCGGCCGUCCUCUGCGGGCUGCUGCUGGCGGCGCUCCUCGAGGCCCCGCUGCCGCAGGCGGCGCCGCUGCCCCUGGAGCGCCGCGGCGGAGGCCUGCCCGCCGCGGCGGGGCCGCGGGCGCCGGACCUGCGCGAGCAGAGCCUGGUGCAGCUGGCCAGGAACCUCACGCGCUCGAGGUGCGAGAAGGGGUCCGAUGUUGUGCUCGCGGAGUCGGCGUCCCCGGCGGAACUGAGCCCGUCUGCCAGCAGCAUGGCCAGCAGCUCGGCGAACGGCUCGGACCCAGACUCGUGGCAGAGGAGCAUCCCUCUGGAAGGCUUUGGUGACCUCGGCGGCAGCGGCAUCCCUGGCGUCGACCCUGCCAAGCUGUACGACCGUUUCGGCCUGCUCGCGGAGCUGCACAUGCCAGGGGCAAUUCUGGAGGAGAUCCGAAGCGGCUCCCACGGCUCCCUGGCGGGCUUCCUGGGCAAGCUCCACGGGGCCCUCUGCGCGGCCGCCCGGGUGGACAGGAGCCGCCUGCUCCUGAUCGGCCUGCACGGCCGGUACCAGCAGAUUGACGGGGCGAACGUCUCUGGCGACCGCGGGGAGCGCUUGGGCCCAGAGGUGCUGGUGAAGCUGCAGCUGACACCGGCGGCCGCGCCGGCCACGCAGGCCAGCAACGCGGCAGAGGUUCCCCUGCCCCCCUCGAGGCUCUUCAGCCGACUCCGCGACGAGCUGCAGCUGGAGACCAGCGCGCUGAGGCGGGGAGAUCUCGGAGCGAUCCUGCGGGGCGCUCCCGUGAAUGGCCACCGAACUGUCGCUCGUGUCGCUGCCGGCCUCGCCGUUCGGAGCCUCCGCUGGCGAAGCCGACAGGCCGACCGGCCUCUCGGCCAUGCUGGUGCCGGUUGGCGCCUCCGCGGCUUUCACGGGCGCGCUCGUGUGGCUGGCCACGUGGUAGCGGGGGCCGCCCGGGGGCGCGCCGGCAGCAGUGCGUCCCAGGGCGUUCGAGCACAGAGGGCACGUCGGAUAAGGAGUCGGCCUGCCGUCGGAGGGGAGAAGAGAGCCCAGGGGAGGGCAUGGAACGCGUUCGCCUGGUAG